GGAAACAGUGGAGGCAAGACAACAAAUCAUAAAUUGUCACACAAUUGCGUUUUUCCACCAAAACAGACUAAAAAUGGCAUGCUAUCCAGGAGGUGUGGUCUUCACAGCUAGUGGUAAACUUUAAACAUGUUAUGGGAAAGAAUAAUGACUAGUAUUUGACCUAACUGGAUGUACUCUUGUUCAUAAAUAGGCUUCGAUGUUGUCAGCAGAGAAUGAUCCACUUGGGCCUUUGCCACCAGGGUGGGAAAGGAGAGUGGAUUCAAAUGAUAGGGUGUAUUUUGUAAAUCAUAACACAAAGACAACACAAUGGGAAGACCCUCGAACUCAAGGUUUACAAAAUGAGGACCCUCUUCCGGAGGGCUGGGAAAUCAGAUACACGAGAGAAGGUGUACGAUAUUUUGUUGAUCAUAAUACAAGAACUACCACCUUCAAUGAUCCUCGUACUGGGAAGUCUUCUGUAAAUAAAGGGCCACAGAUUGCCUAUGAGCGUAGCUUUAGGUGGAAACUUGCUCAUUUCCGUUACUUGUGUCAGUCCAAUGCACUGCCAAGCCAUGUGAUCAAUGUAUCCAGACAGACUUUGUUUGAGGAUUCCUUCCAGCAAAUUAUGGCAUUAAAACCCUAUGAUUUGAGGAGAAGAUUAUAUGUUAUAUUCAGAGGAGAAGAAGGAUUGGAUUAUGGUGGAUUGGCAAGAGAAUGGUUUUUCUUGCUUUCCCAUGAAGUACUGAACCCUAUGUACUGCCUAUUUGAAUAUGCUGGCAAGAGUAACUAUUGCCUACAGAUAAAUCCAGCAUCAACAAUCAAUCCUGACCAUCUUUCAUAUUUCUGUUUCAUUGGACGUUUUAUUGCCAUGGCAUUGUUUCAUGGGAAAUUUAUUGACACUGGUUUUUCUUUGCCUUUCUACAAACGAAUGCUGAGCAAGAAACUUACUAUUAAGGAUCUAGAAUCUAUCGAUACUGAAUUUUACAACUCACUAAUUUGGAUAAGGGAUAAUAACAUUGAAGAGUGUAACUUGGAAAUGUACUUCUGUGUAGAUAUGGAGCUUUUAGGAAAAGUAACCUCACAUGAGCUGAAAUCAGGAGGUUCCAAUAUCUUGGUAACUGAGGAGAACAAAGAAGAGUAUAUCGGGCUCAUGGCUGAGUGGCGAUUUUCUCGGGGAGUUAGAGAACAAACCAAAGCUUUUCUUGAUGGUUUUAAUGAAGUUGUUCCACUACAGUGGCUACACUACUUUGAUGAAAAAGAGCUGGAGGUUAUGCUCUGUGGUAUGCAAGAAGUUGAUUUAGCAGACUGGCAAAGGAACACUGUUUAUCGUCAUUAUACGAGGAAUAGCAAGCAGAUCAUGUGGUUCUGGCAGUUUGUAAAAGAGACAGACAACGAGGUUCGCAUGCGACUUCUGCAGUUUGUCACUGGCACUUGUCGAUUACCUCUGGGUGGAUUUGCUGAACUUAUGGGAAGUAAUGGUCCUCAGAAAUUCUGCAUUGAAAAAGUUGGUAAGGAAACUUGGUUACCAAGAAGUCACACUUGGUAAGUUGUUACUUGUAAACUUUCUGUAAACUUUAGUGGUUUCUCUAUUCUGGUCUUGCAUUUACCAAAUCAAAAGAAAUGUAAUUUGAAUCAUUAUCCAUUUCUGUCUUCAGUUUUGAUUGCUCUGACGUGCCAAUACAGAGAACUUAAUCUUAAAUGUUGCUACUGCAACCUUGUGAUAUUAAUAUUCAUUGUACUUUUAAAACUGCUAUCAGGAAGAUAAUUUUGGGAAGACACAGAAUGAAACAGAAUGGUGGCAGAGGCUUUUUGGAGCCAAGCUUAAGGAAAAGUUAAAACUUAUUCCCAGGCAUGUGUAGAAAGGAUAAGGCUUUGACCUUUUCAUGCUGCUGCUGGAAUUUGAAGAUGUAUCAAAUUAAAUUUCUUGGUAAACAUUUCCUCUUAUGAGUCUCUGUAAAAAAGGAGCAUCUCUGCAUCUCUGUAAA